GACUCAGAGUCACUGGACGGCUGCAUUCAGAGUACGUUAUCGGCACUCUACCCUCCGUUUGAGGCUACUGCAGCCACUGUUCUGUGCCAAGUUUUUGAUGUGGUGGAGAAGACGUACCGUGGGGAUGGACUGCGCUACCUCAUAGACUUCCUGAUUCCAGCCAAGCACAUCCUGCACCCCAAGGAGUCGCAUUACAUUUACUGCCAGAACGAGUCCAAGAUUAAUGUUCAGUACUGUGGCUUGCUGUUUCGCCACGAGGGCUGGCCCCUCUGUAUCCAUGAGAAGAUUGUAGUUCAGCUGGCUUCCAUUGACUGGCGAAUCUUGAAGCCUGGUGACUUCUACCUGCAGGUGGUCCCCUAUCUGAAGAAGUCUCCACGUAUUGUAUUGAAAUGUUUGGCAAAAGACAAGCAUAAUGUAGAGGAAGUUGUGAUUCCAGAAGUUUCCUAUACCUCUGUAUUUACUCUGGAAUGGUUGAGUACUUUCAAUGGAGAGCGGAUGGGUAUAGCACUGGAAAAUUAUUUACUAACCACUGAUGAUAAAAUAUUUCGUGUCCCCUGGGAUAAAGUGGUUAGUCCUGAAUUUAUAAAUAAACCAAAAAUAAUUGAAAACAGUAUAAUCUCUCCAGAAAUUACAGAGGAACAUUCAAUUUUGUGCCUCCCCAUGGACCAUGCUGAGUGCAGUUCACCAGACCUAGGACCUCAGUAUUUGCAGGAAGAAAAUCCAAAUCAAGACAACCUGGUCAUCAGCAGCACAACUCCCCAGUUAAGUGAAGCUCUUGUCAAUGGUGUUUGUACAAGUCCAGUUCCUCAAGAGAACUUGAAAAGUGACCUUGAAGGGGACUACAUUCAACAAUCAGAAGUUUCACUGCCCCGGUUUGGGCCACAAACGGAGUCUUUAACCCAGUCGCUAGCUUUAAAUUCU